AUGCCGAGCACGCAAUCCGUGUACGUUUCCAUGUCCAUCCUCGCCCUGACGGGUCUCGUCGGCACCGGUGUCGCCAUCGGUAGCGGCGUCUCCAUGAUGACGAUGAGCAUGGCCCAGGAGGAACAGAAGCAACUCGCCGUGGCGUCCGUGAAGGAGGCCAAGGUGAAGGUCCCGAGCCGUGGAUUCGCCGCGAGCUCGAGCUCAAACUAA